CGUAGAUCGUGGUAUUUAGCUGAUAACUCAUACUCACUGUUCUACAAAAUUGCAAGUGUAUUAACGUCUUUACGACACAACAGCUGAACGAGACUGUUCUUUAAUAUAAUUUUUCUGAAUAACCGACAUACCAAUGGACUUCAGCGAACAGAUCAACGGGUUAGAGAAUGAUCUGCGAGAAGUAGCGCGGUUGCUGGAGAGCUGUGAGAGAACGCGCGUGCGGGACGUGCUUACGCAAGAGCAAAAAAAGAUUGAAAAGGAGCUCACGCAGAUACGACACCAGAAGGAGCAGCAGGCCAAUAAGAACUCCGGACCUAAGACAGAUUCAGCUCUUAAGGGAUAUACAGUAAAAAUCAACAACUAUGGAUGGGACCAGUCAGACAAAUUUGUUAAGAUCUACAUUACACUAAAAGGAGUUCAUAAAAUUCCUGAAGAAAAUGUUGACGUCAGCUUCAAAGAAAGGUCUUUCAAUCUGCUUGUCAAAGAUUUGGAUGGAAAGAAUCAUCAAAUGACAAUCAACAACCUUUUGUGUCCUAUCAGCGUUGAGGAGAGCAGUAAAAAGGUCAAAACAGAUAUGGUUCUCAUCAUGUGCAAGAAGAAGACAGCUAAGAAGUGGGACUGUUUAACACAGGUGGAAAAACAGACCAAAGAAAAAGAGAAGCCCGGCUAUGAUGAAAAAGCCGAUCCCGGCGAGGGACUGAUGAACAUGCUGAAGAAAAUCUACGACGAGGGAGAUGAUGACAUGAAGCGUACCAUUAACAAGGCCUGGGCGGAGUCUCAGGAGAAGAAAGCCAGAGGAGAUGAGAUGGAUUUCUGAGGCCUCGUCCCUCUGAGGCCACACUGUUCGUGUGAACUAUUGACCAUUCAGUCAUUAACUGCUCAUCAUUCCAUUUUUUUUUUUUUUUUUUUUUAGUGGAUUUAUUAUUUUUUUUAUUGUUUAUAUUGUUUUAUUUGCACUCAGUAAACCCACUUGAAAACACUCUGUUUUUGGGAGGUUAAGUCUAGGGCUGUUUUCUCUGUUCCUUCAGAGUUGUGAAAAUAUGUAAUUUACAUUAGAGGUUGAUAAAUAUUCUGUGUAUUUGACAAAGUCACUCAUUAGUCCAAAUUAUUGUUCUCAGGUCCAUGUAAAUUGAACUGGAGGAAUAAAAAAGAAAAGAAA